GUGGCAUCGCUAUUUAGGUUCCUUUCCUUGCUCUGUCUUACUACUUCACACUACCAAUUGCCUUUGCCAGAGUCUUUUGGUUCUGUGGAGGAGACUGCUUCUGCAACUCUACAACUACUGAGAAAACCGAGACAGAGAAAAGAGAGAUCGUCUAUCUAAUAUCAGAAGAAUGGCUCUCAAACUCAACCCCACCAUCGCUCAAUCUCCAAAGUUACCUGCUUUUGCUCUCCCACCAAUGGCCAGCCUCAGAUCUCCCAAGUUCUUCAUGGCCUCCACCCUCCGCUCUGGCUCCAAGGAAGUUGAUAAUAUCAAGAAGCCUUUCACGCCCCCUAGAGAGGUCCAUGUUCAAGUAACACAUUCCAUGCCACCUCAGAAGAUUGAGAUCUUUACGUCAAUGGAAGAUUGGGCUGAGGAAAACCUUUUGAUUCACUUGAAGCCAGUCGAGAAGUGUUGGCAACCUCAGGAUUUUCUCCCGGAACCUUCAUCUGAUGGAUUUCAUGAGCAGGUGAAGGAACUAAGGGAGAGGGCUAUGGAGCUUCCAGAUGAUUACUUUGUUGUUCUGGUUGGAGAUAUGAUCACAGAAGAAGCCCUCCCAACAUAUCAAACUAUGCUUAAUACCUUGGAUGGAGUUAGGGAUGAAACAGGUGCCAGCCCAACUUCUUGGGCAAUUUGGACUAGAGCAUGGACUGCUGAAGAGAACAGGCAUGGUGACCUCCUCAACAAGUAUCUUUACCUCAGUGGACGAGUCGACAUGAGGCAAAUUGAGAAGACCAUUCAGUAUUUGAUCGGUUCUGGAAUGGAUCCUCGGACAGAGAACAAUCCCUACCUUGGUUUCAUCUACACUUCAUUCCAAGAAAGAGCUACCUUUGUCUCCCAUGGCAACACUGCCAGGCUAGCAAAGGAGCAUGGGGACUUAAAGUUGGCACAAAUAUGUGGUACCAUAGCUGCAGAUGAGAAGCGCCAUGAGACAGCCUACACUAAGAUAGUUGAGAAGCUGUUUGAGAUUGAUCCUAAUGGAACUGUGUUAGCAUUUGCUGACAUGAUGAGGAAGAAGAUAGCCAUGCCAGCACACUUGAUGUAUGAUGGCCGAGACGACAAUCUUUUUGACAACUUUUCUGCAGUUGCACAGCGGCUUGGAGUGUACACGGCCAAGGAUUACGCGGACAUAUUGGAGUUCUUGGUGGGGAGGUGGAAGGUGGAGAAGCUAAGUGGACUUUCUGGGGAGGGGCUAAAAGCUCAGGAGUAUGUCUGUGGGUUACCACCAAGAAUCAGAAGGCUGGAGGAAAGAGCUCAAGGAAGGGUGAAACAAGCUAGGAGCCUACCGUUCAGUUGGAUAUAUGAUAGACAAGUGAGUCUCUAAGUUAACGGUAUGCUUGGUGCAAGUGAAGUGAGCUAUUACUAUUAGGUUCUUUUCUAUUGUAGAUAGAGCAGUUGGUAAUGUUCUUUUCUUUUCUUUUUGUUGUCCUCCUGAAUGAAUGAAAUGAAAUGAAAUGGGGUAAUCUUUGGACGAAUCUUUUCUAUUAAAUAAUUUUGUAAACUAAGAAAAUAAUAAUCCUUUUUGUUUUUUGGUGGCAA